CAAAAAGAGUGCUGACAAUGUGGUAUUACUAUUAGACCCUGCUGAAAAAUGCUCUUCUCCAUCACUGCUUGAAGAACCUCUUUUUCUGCGAUUUUCUCUUUCGUUUUUUUCCUUCUUCCUCUUCCUCUUUCUGUCCUUUCUGUUUUGCCCAUCCUGUUCUGCUCUCCUAUAUCGGCACCGGCAUUGUAUGCCAUCAUUCCUGCCUCCGGUUGACUCAUUCCAUCUAUUCAUCUCCAUCCUGCAGUCCAGUUCCUGCAUACUUCUUAAGUUCUUACUACUUACUCUCCACCUCCAGCUUCAUCCUGCCAUCACGUCAGCCUUACCCUCCAUUGAUCUGCGGUCAUAGUACCAUCUCAGCUGCUGAUGGCGUAAAAGCACGCUUCGAAUCAUGCUCAUUGUGCCAUUCGUUCCUCCAGAUGCCUCUUUCAUGAGCUUUUUUUAAGCUUGAGCAUCCAUCACACGACUUGUCCUUCUUAUCAGUGUCAGCUUAGCCAGCCUUGUAACCAGGCUUCUUCUGUGAACUCCCGUUUCUCAGCAUCCUGUUCACAGCUAUCACCAUCCAUUACACCUCUGUCUCCAGCUGGGUGCUUCUUAUCGUGGCAAUCGUCAUCACGGCCAUAUUGGACCUGCCUGCUAUUCAUUCAAUCCUGCGAAGUUAUUGCAUCGCCAUCUCAAGUCUUAUUUCCCAUCUUCUCUACCCAGGAUGGAGCAGUCCUUGUCUCUCAUCUCUGCCCAGGUCCAGUUCCUGAACGACAGGCUGGCUUUGGUUCAUAUCCCGCUGGAUAUCUACCCCUACUUCCUUCAGCCAAUCCUCCAGCUCAUGUUCCAUGAGGUGUCUCCCAUCGAUGGCCACCAGACGGAUGAUGCCAACGAUGACCAGCCCGCCUUCUUAAAUCUUUCUAUCACCCCUGUCGAGUGCUCUGUGAUGUGUCCGAGGCAUCUGGCUGAUCGGUACUUCGCCCCGCUGGUUGAGCAAUUUGGAAAGGUCAACGCAUUUCCGAGGAACUGCGUAUCUAUCAGCGAAGAUGACUACAUCGCCAUGCAGGUUUACGGUGAAGGUCUGGACGCAGGACAACGAGUACUGGAACUAACAAGCCCGUUGGCUAUGGCGGGAAUCUCCAUAUUCUUCAUUUCAACCUACUUCUCGGACUACAUCGUCGUUCCCCUCCGUUCCAAAGCGCAGGUUAUCCGGGCUUUGGAGAAGCGUGGUUUUCAAUUCGAAACGUCCACAGACGCUUUUGUCAAUGGCAAUCAUAUUCAUUCCAACAGCAACGGGUUUGGCCUCGGCUCACCACGCUCUCCCACCAGCCAAAACUCUCCGCCUCCCACACCACCGCCGUCCACACUGGAAGAGCUGCAGACUCGCACAUUUUGCUCUUUACGAAAACAUCACAUCGUGCCGUCGGUGGAUAAAUCUCUCCGCCUGGUACAGUGCGCAGCCCACCACCGGUACAGCAGCAACUCUAGUUCCACAUCCAUCCUUCGCCCAGCCCUUACCACAGCAUUACUCGUGGACAAUCCCCGAUUCCUGUCCUUGACAUUAACAGCGACUGACCCAGCAGCAUCCCUCCUGCUUGAAAAGCGGCUCCUGCCUCGAUUCUCGGACGAUCCUUCCUCGCUCGUGGAUCCGGAGGGAGAAACAAGUGUCCUGCUGGGGUCGAAGGAGGAUGUUCUCGUACCUAUUACUCUCGAUCUGCGCGACCUCCCUCUCGAGGCGACGGGCAUUGUCUGUGGUGUAGCUGGCCGGUUGGCAGCAGCCACGCAUGCCCAAAAGGCCCAUGCUAUUAACUUCCCUAGCUACCCGGAAGACAUGGCCCAGUCUUUCGUCUCGUCUAACUCGUUCUACGAACGGCAAUCAUCCAGUAGUGACCUUAUGACAUCCUCACAUCAUCUUGAACCGGACUUGGACACCUCUUUGGACGCCGUCGAGAUCAGUUUUCUCAGUACCGCUCGAGCUGGAACCGUCAUCGUCGGUGAGCCGGAACUUGACCGUGCUGUGGAUGCACUGGAGGGCGAAAUUCGGGAGCCUGAACCAUUUUAAUGAGGCUGAGUACACGAAUUGUCUCGAAAAUAUCACGACAGUCGAUUAAGGAUGAAGUAUGCAUAUGCAUCUCAAAAACUUGGAGGGAGUUGAAGCCAGGAAAGGAGAAAAAAAAAAGGAGUCAAACCUCUACACUUCAGAUGAUCGAAACGCACUCUUUGCUAAAAAGGAAAAAUUUUCCAUCCCUUUACCCAGUUUCAGCUUUUGAGCGCAUCGAUAUCCCUCUUGCUACAGUCUUCUUUUCUUUCUUUCUUUCUUCCUUCCUUUUUUUUCCAGCCUGUUGUUUCUUGUAUCUUAUUUUUACCUCAUCUCGAAUUCCUUGCAUGGAUGGAUUGGAGUUUGGUCUGGGAGAUUGGAAACCAUAAAAAGUUUGUUUUUGGUCUUUUUGCUAUGUGGAUUUCCCUCUUGGUUAAUAUUGCUAUUUUCUAUCUUUUUCUUUCCUGGUUUCAUGAAAUACACUGCCACUGACAUGGUGCAUCCAUGUUUUAAGUUUAAUCGCGAGUUAUGGGUAUGAAGAGGUUAGGAUCAGAUCCUUACAUAUGGAAAACCAGAAAAAAAGGGGAGGUAUCAUGAUGUCUAUCACAAUUGAAUACAUGAUAGGGAUAACAGGACCUAUUUUGUAUUUAUCUUUGUUGUUUUAUUCAAGGACUUCCUGGACAUUUCAUUGAUGUAUAUCUAAGAUUAUCAGAUGUUAGCAGAUUGUUACUUACAUAUGGUCAAUGAUCUAUCUAUUCAUUGGAUACAUCUACGCUAGACAGGUUGAAGGCUUUCCG